CUGCAGCCUCCAAAGCCCCUUUAUCUCGUGUGAAAGUGGUGAGGGAUUCAUGAUGCUCCGGACUUGUCGAGUGCUCCGUUCCCAGGCUGGUACCCCAACUGGUGGCUGGCAGCCCCUGAGUUUUGAUGGCGGGGCCUUCCACCUCAAGGGCACAGGAGAACUGAUGAGGGCAUUGCUGGUGCUGCGACUGUGUGCCUGGCCACCUCUGGUCACUCAUGGCCUGGCGCUCCAGGCCUGGACUCAGCGACUCCUGGGCUCCCGGCUCUCAGGUGCACUUCUCCGAGCAUCCAUCUAUGGGCAGUUUGUGGCUGGUGAAACGGCAGAAGAGGUAAGGGGCUGUGUCCAACAGCUCCAGACCCUAAGCCUCCGGCCCCUGCUGGCAGUGCCCACAGAGGAGGAGCCAGACUCAGCUGUCAAGACUGGUGAGGCCUGGUAUGAGGGGAACCUCAAAGCUAUGCUGCGGUGUGUGGACCUGUCACGAAGCCUCCUGGAGACCCCGGCCCCAACUGGGAACAUCCUCAUGCAAUUGAAGGUGACUGCGCUGACCAGCACUUGGCUCUGUAAGGUACUAACUUCAUGGAUUGGAAGGCCAGGAGCUUCCUUGGAGCUGAGCCCUGAGAGGCUGGCAGAAGCCAUGGACUCUGGGCAAGACGUCCAGGUCUCCUGCCUCAGCACUGAGCAAAAUAGGCAUCUCCAGGCCUCUCUGAGCCGCUUGCAGCGGGUAGUACAGCAUGCCCGGGCCCAACAUGUGAGGCUCCUGGUGGAUGCUGAGUACACCUCACUGAACCCUGCUCUCUCUCUGCUGGUGGCUGCCUUGGCCUUGCGCUGGAACAGCUCCAGAGAGGGUGGGCCCUGGGUGUGGAACACUUACCAGGCCUAUCUGAAGGACACGCAUGAGCGGCUGAGGCGGGAUGCUGAAGCUGCAGGCAGGGCUGGCCUGGCCUUUGGAGUGAAGUUGGUACGAGGGGCGUAUCUGGACAAGGAGAGAGAGAUGGCUCGGCUCCAAGGAAUCAAAGAUCCCACUCAGCCUGACUAUGAGGCUACCAGUCAGAGUUAUAGACGCUGCCUGGAGCUGAUGCUGAACCAUGUUUCCCACCGUGGCCCCAUGUGCCACCUCAUGGUGGCAUCCCACAAUGAGAAAUCUGUUCACCAGGCAACAAAACGCAUGUGGGAGCUGGGCAUUCCUCUGGACGGGCCUGUCUGUUUUGGACAACUUCUGGGGAUGUGUGACCAUGUCUCCCUGGCACUGGGGCAGGCGGGCUAUGCUGUGUAUAAGUCCAUCCCCUACGGCUCCCUGGAGGAGGUGAUCCCCUACCUGAUCCGGAGGGCCCAGGAGAACCAGAGUGUACUGCAGGGGGCCCGCAGGGAGUGGGAGCUGCUCAGUCAAGAACUUAGAAGAAGGCUGCUGGGGCGGGGCCUGAGGGUACCUUAUUAGCACCCCCAGGGGUUAUGUGGUCAAUAAAGGUCCUGAGCUACUGCCCAGGCUGUUA